AUGGUCAAGGAGAAGAGAUGCUGCAUAGGGUGUCUCAACAGGGGUCAUCGCAUGCACGAAUGUCGAAGCAAACGAGUCUGCGGGAUUGAAGGAUGCCAGCAAACUCACUGUCAAUUACUCCACAACAGAAACGCCAGAAACUCAGAAGAAUCAUCCCAUAUUACGCAACAGCAAAGAAACCAGUCGUCUGAACAGGAAGUUGCUCUCAGUGCAGUCAGCGGACGGAGUAACCGCAACAUCAAUUACAACGUGAUUCCAAUCUACGCCAAGCGAACAGAUGGACAAUUGUUGCCGAUGUACAUGGUGCUGGACGGAUAUGCAUCGCUCACAUCAGCAGACAACUCAAUUCGACAGCAAUUGAAUUUGGAUGGGAGGAGACGACCUCUCACGGUGCAAGGAUUCCAAUCCACCACCACCACGCCAAACUCGUAUGAAGUGGAUAUCGAAAUCGUGUCAAGAUUGGAUGGAAAAUCUUACACAUUACGCAAUGUGAGAACAGUCCCCAAGUUGGAUCUGCCAAGUCAGUCACUAACAACAGAAACCCUGAAACGAUUCUCGCACAUUGAAGGAACCCCUAUCCUCGCUUAUCAAAAUGUUGUCCCAACUAUUCUCGUUGGAAUGGACAACUUCGAGCUGCAUCUGCCUAAAGAUUGGAAGAGUUGGAGAGCCAGCAGCAAUUCGCACAGCAAUGGGAUGGGCAUUAGUGUCAAGCCAAAUCUAGAGAAGCCAAGGUCAAGAGAUGACAUUAAAGCCCAAGUCAUUAUGGAUCCGACAAUACGACGAGUUUCGCACGGAUGGGAGAGCGGACUGCUCUGGAGAGAUGAAGAUGUGAAACUUCCCUGCAACAAGAAUUACGCAUUUCAACGCCUGAAGUCCAUGGAGAAGAAGAUGGACCAAGACCCUGAAUUUGCACGCCAGUACGUAGAACGAAUUCAAGAGUACCAAGAGAAAGGAUUCGCCAAAAUCCUGCCGCCAGAAAAAGCCGCAAUCGAAACAAGCCGCACUUUCUACCUGCCGCAUUUUAUGGCCUACAACGCCAAGAAACCCAAGAAGUACCGCUUCGUUUUCGACGCCGCCGCCAAAGUAUAUGGGAGAAGCCUCAACGAUCACCUCCUGCAAGGACCAGACAAAUUGGUGUCCUUACCCGGCGCUCUGCUCAAGUUUCGCCAAAGGAGAAUUGGGGUCACAGGGGACAUUAAGGACAUGUUCCACAGAAUAAAGAUCCGGGAGGAAGACGCUUGUGCUCAACGCUUUCUCUGGAGAGGAAUGGAUCGCGACAGAGAUCCCGACGUGAUGAAAAUGGGCGUCCUGAUUUUCGGAGCAUCCUGCUCACCAGCCUGCGCCCAAGAAGCCAAAAAUAAGAAUGCCGAGCAAUUCAAAGAAGAAUUCCCCGACGCCUACAAAGCAAUAGUUCAUCGCCACUAUAUGGACGACCUAUUGGAUAGCUACGACACGGAAGCCCAAGCAAUUCAAAUGCAAAAGGACAUCUUUGAGGUCCACCGCCGAGGGUCAUUCCAUAUCUGCAAUUGGCUAUCGAAUAACCCAGAAGUCAUGAAUGCAAUCCCUGCAGAACUUCAGUCAAAGACAAGUGAGAGUCUCGACAUCAAUAAGGAGGACCAGAUUGAGAGAGUUUUAGGACUCUUCUGGAUGCCGGAGGAGGACAACUUCACCUUCUGCCUGAAGUACCUCAAAGUCAGUGAAGAGGUCAUGAAAGGAAGACGCAUUCCCACCAAGAGAGAAAUACUUUCACUCGUUAUGUCGGUAUUCGACCCACUCGGAUUCUUAUCCACACUGACAAUCAAAGCCAAGAUGAUUUUGCAAAGAACUUGGAUAUCAGAGAUAGGAUGGGACGACGAGAUUCCAUCGUCUACUCAUCAAGCGUGGAAACUGUGGCUCACACUAUUGGAAAGUAUCACAGAGUUCAAGGUACCGAGAUGUUACUGCCCUACUUUCUCUCGGUCGACAGAUAACCAGCUCCACAUCUUCGGAGACGGAAGCGAAGAAGCGUUUGGAGUCGUAGCUUACUUUCGGAUCGCACACGGUAGCCAAGUAACUACAGCCCUGGUCAUGGCGAAAGCAAAUGUCGCCCCAAUUAAGCACCUCACAAUCCCACGUAUGGAACUGCAAGCCGCCGUAAUAGCAGCACGCCUAGCCAAAUUUAUUCAAGAUCAUCAUGAUGUCGACAUCCACAAAACGGUAUUCUGGAGUGACAGUCAAACGGUACUGAAUUGGAUCAGAGCGGACGGAAAACGCUAUCAACAAUUUGUUGCAAGUCGCAUUGGAGAAAUCCAUGAGCUCACAGACGCUUCGCAAUGGAGGUGGAUUUCCACAAAAGAAAACCCAGCCGACGAGUUGACAAGGAUGAGUAGCCAUUGCGAUUGGACAUCACAAAGCAGAUGGAUAAAUGGUCCAGAAUUCCUGAAAUUAGAAGAGAAUCUUUGGCCUACACAGAAGCGCACCAGCAAGAAUGAGAUGACAGCAGAAGCAGAAUUAGAAUUGAAAAAGGAGCAAAUUCUACGAAUAGAAGAGAAGAGAAAGUGCAGCCUUGACGCAUCAAACAUCUCAUCGUGGACACGACUGAUCAGAGUCACAGCGUACAUCUUGAGAUUCAUCGCCAAGAUUCGCAAAGUACCUUCACGAACGGGAGCGCUAUUUCCCUCAGAAUUACGUGGAGCACAAAUGUAUUGGAAUCGAGUGGCGCAAAUGGAAUCAUUUCCCGACGAAGUAGCAGCACUGAAAAAUGGAACCAGUCUGCCAAGCAAGAAUAUGCUGACAGGAUUAAGCGUAAAGUUGGAUGACGGAUUAUUACGUAUAGCAGGAAGACUAGAAAAUGCAAAUCUACCGUUCCGCCAGAGACGACCGAUCAUCCUCAGCCGUCAUCAUCCCUAUGUCAAGCUAUUGGUGCAGUAUUUUCAUGAAAUAUGCGGCCACCACGGUCAAGAAAGAAUUUGUAACGAGAUUCGACAACAAUAUCACGUUAUUGGACUCCGAACUGCAGUCAGAGCUGCCCAAAGCCGAUGCCAAAGUUGCAAGAAUAGAAGAGCAGUACCAAUCCCACCAGAAAUGGGACAACUUCCCAAGUUUCGCGUCGAGAACCCCGGGUAUCCAUUCAACAUGACAGGUUUGGACUACUUCGGGCCUAUUCAAGUCACAGUCAAGAGAAGUACAGAGAAACGCUACGUCGCCCUGUUGUGCUUGUGCUUGCUUGCUUGUGUAGCAAAAAGUCAAGACAAAGUCGUAUGUAAACUCGGGCCACUAUUUUAG